GUCACGUCGUUCACGAUGCGCGCUCCCGAUGAUAAACCUCUGACGCUUACAUCCGGGCACUACUAGGAACUCGCUCUUCAACAUGGCGGCGUCAGCUAAGAAGAAGAAUAAGAAGGGGAAGACCCUCACCCUAACUGACUUUUUGGCAGAGGACAAAGGAAGCAGUGGUCCAGCUCCCCCCAGCUACCCAGCAAAGUCUACUAGCUGGGCUGAUGAGACUGACGACCUGGAUGGAGAUGUCUCAACUUCGUGGCACACGGAGGAGGACUCGUUCCGGGCGUCGGCCAUUGACCGCUCCAUCCUGCCCACAGCACCUCGCUCGGCCCGUGAGCCCAAUGUUGACCGGUCUCGACUGCCCCGCAGUCCACCGUACACAGCCUUCCUUGGCAACCUGCCCUAUGAAGUCUCUGAAGAAUCUAUCAAAGACUUCUUCCGCGGCUUGGCAAUCAGUGCAGUGCGUCUGCCUCGUGAGCCCAGUAACCCAGAGAGGCUGAAGGGCUUUGGCUAUGCUGAAUUUGACGAUGUGGAUUCUCUCUUAAGGGCCCUUAGUCUCAACGAGGAGAAUCUUGGAAACCGAAGGAUCCGAGUGGAUAUUGCAGACCAGUCUAAUGAUAAAGAGAGAGACGGUGGAAUGAUGGGAGGCCGAGACAGGGGUGGACGGAUGGCAGACAUGGGUCCUGAUAAGACAGACAGUGACUGGAGAGCUCGGCCAAGUGCAGACGAUGAUGGACCUCCCAAGAGAGAUGAUGGCUUUGGAGAGAGAUCACGGGAUCGCUACGAGUCAGAUCGUGGGCCACGGAGGGACGGAGAUCGCUAUGACGGAGGCAGAGACCGUUACCGGGAUCGCUACGAUGACCGCGACCGCAGAGACUUUGACCGCGACCGCAGAGAUUAUGACAAAGGGGGUUUUGAUUCUCGUGGUGGUGGAGGUAGUCGUCGUGCCUUUGGCACUGGCUUCCGCCGCGAUUAUGAUGACAGUCGGGGUAGUGGUGACCGCUAUGGCGACAGGGAUCGUUACGGCGACCGUGAGGACCGGUACGAGAGACGGGAGGAGAAGCGCGACGACGGAGGCGGAGGAGGCGGAGGAGGAGGCAGUGGUGGUGCUCCUCAGCAGAGACCCAGGUUGAACCUAAAGCCUCGUAGUGUACCUAAGGAGGAGGAAUCUGGUGGUGGUGGUGGCGGCGGUGGUGGAGGAGGAGGAGGAGGAGGAGGAACUUCUCCCGCUGCACCUCCAAGUUCCAGUGGCAGGGCCUCAUCCAUAUUUGGUGGAGCCAAGCCUGUUGAUACAGCAGCCAGGGAGAGGGAGGUAGAGGAAAGGCUGAAGAAGGAGGAGGAAAAACUGCAGAAGCAGCUGGAAGAGGACAAAGGCCGAGCACCUGACCGAAAGAUGCGAGACAGGGACCCAAGCUGGCGUAAUGAGGAAACUUAUACUGAGCGAUCUCGCACAGGAAGCGAGUCCUCACAGCAAGGAAGCUCUUCUGGAAGAACGUCUCGGUGUCGAGAUGGAGAGCGCUCUGGGGAGAAUGAGGUUUUCAGUGGUAAAGAAGGUGAACCCGUCUCUCCUGUGUCAUCCUCACGCCCCACCUCCACCAGCUCCUCCAAGGAGCCUCUGAAGGUGAUGCCUGCCCCUCCUCCCAAGGAGAAUGCCUGGGCCAAGAGAAGUGCGGUCAGCACAGGCUCUAGUGAUGGUGAUGGACGACUUCCAGUCUCUCCUGUCUCCCCUGGUGGUUCAGGUCCUCCCAAGCUUAGCUCUUCAAGUUCUGCAGAUGAGAGAGGAUCUGGAAAGGAUGAGAACAAGGCUGACGGUGUCCGUCGGGACCGGGGGCCCCCACGGGCACGAGGGGGGCCUGCAGGGCCUGGAGCGGGGCGGGGCCGAGGAGAAGGGCCAAACAGAGACCGAAGAAAGGAGGCAGACAGAAAGGACAGCAGAAGAGAGCGAGAGUCCAGACCACCUCCAGAGCCAAAGAAAUACGAAGAAUCCCCAACUCCUAAGUUCAGCUCAGCCAGUAAGUACGCCGCUUUGCUAAUGGACGGAGACCAAGGAGAUGAUGCUGAAGACCUUGAAUAGAGAGAAAAUAGCAAGAUGUGGCCCCAGAAAUGCAACAAGAGAAGAAAACAGCAAAUGCAGACAAACAAAAUUAUUUCACCUAGAUUAUGUAAAAUCUUCUCACAUGGCAGAAGCUCCUGGGAGGAAAUCACUCCCUCCCUCUUUUCCUCCAACAAACCUAUCCUCUGCUUUCAAAUAUCCCGCCCACCCACACUCCCUCUCCCCUCCUGCGCCACCUUCAGGACCUUUCAGGUUCUAAAGAAUGUCACAUACUGGACUUGUUUUAAAUGGGGGGAAAAAGGAAUAGCUGACACAUGGAAAAAAUAUGGAUAACAUUGAACUAAUUGUAAUAAAUAAAUGGAAAAAGUGGGGAAAGUGAAUGCAGUUUGUAUAUUUGUGGAUCACAGAUGUGGUUGGAGAUGAUUGACGCACCAUAACCACCAUAACUAAUCAUCCUAAAGCCUUUUUAUUCAUUGCUUAGUUUGCUUUAAUACAAUUAAUAUCUUACUCCUGAAAAUUAGUCAAGAUAAUCUCGUCUUCCAGAAUUAUCAGGCAUGAAUUUUGAGAUGUUGCAAAUAAUUAAGAACACUUUUUUUUUUUCUUUUUUUUUAAAAUCUACAUCUUGUACGUUUUUGUGGUGAGGUCCGUAUUGGGAGAGAAGACUUGUGUAACUAGUACAUGCCUGUUCCACAGGACUUAUUUUUAUGUUUAAGAUGGCAAAAAAAGCAGCUGCUUCAUAAUCCUCUCUCUGAGAAUUGAGUGCCAUUACUAUAAUCCCCAAUUGUAGUACAUAUGUCUGUGUUUCAACACCUUCUGAUGAAAUAAUCACAUCCAUUAAAAGCGCAGUACGGUCUCAUUUCCAGCCGUCUUUACAGAAUCCCUGCAGCUGUCUGAAUCAUCUUCCCACUGAAGUGACGAGUACAAAUAAUUGGGGUUAAGUCUGGCCUUGCUUGUGGCGGAAUGUGAGUUUCAGUACAAUUUUCAUGAGAAGCCUUUCUUCCAAGCAACAAUAAAUUGGGAGUCUUAA